AUGCACUUCACCAGUAUCCUCGCCCUCCUGGCUGCCCCGGCCAUCGUGACGGCCACCCUCGACCCGGCAACCUCCAACACAAAGGGCUACAAACCCAAGAGUCUGAACUGCAGCGCCUCAAAGGUUUCCAAAGCAAUCCAAGCCGCCGAAUGCUCCCACAACACCCGCGUCUCCGGGACCCAGACCUUCGCCGUCUUCGAGACGGACCACCAAUACGACUCGUACCACGGCGCUCCGUACGGAACAUGUAGUGCGUACACCUGCACCGCACCGACAUACUCUGAGCUAGAGGCCGACUCGGACUAUUGGGUGUUUUACUGGGGUUCGCAGGGAACUAGCAGUGGGUAUGGGACUGGGUGUAUUAAGGAUCCGAAUACGGGGGUGUGUGGGUGUGAGAAUUCGGAUGGCACGUUUGUUUCGGGGAGUGAUAGCUGUACUUAG